GGACCCCACACGGACCUCUGGAAUGACACCGUAGCCAUGUUGGCUUGAGAAGGGAACCUGCCCCUGCCCAACGAACGAAGAUCAAGUCCCGGUCAUGCGGCGUAUUAUGUCGCCCAUACAUGCCGCACUCGUGGUUGCCCUGCACACCCUCCUGUCGAAUGCCGCCACUCUACGACAGCCGGCGACGCAGAGGGGUGCCGUGGAGGCGAGGGAAAAGCUAGAGCCCGCCGCGACCCCGAUCUCGAAGGUCAUUCAGCUCCUCAAGGGGCUUGAGAAGCAGAUCGAGGAGGAGGGCGCGAAGGAGGCCGCCGAGUACGACAAGUUCGCCUGCUUCUGCAAGGAGCAAGCCGAUCAGAAGUUGUACAUGAUCGAGAAGUCGACGGAGAAGAUCGAGGCGCUGACUGCCUCGAUCGGGGAGCUGGAGGCCGACAUCACCCUGCUCGGCACGCAGAUCUCCGAGCUGGCGGAUCGGAUCGAGGAGCUGGAGGGAAAGAUCGAGGCAGAGGUGGAGGCGCGGGCCGAGGAGCACAAGGUCUACAAAGAGAACGACGAUGAGCUGGCGAGCGCCAUCAAGACGGUGGACUAUGCGCUGCAGGUGCUCAGAAGUUCGAGGGAUGAGCUCAAGGACGCCAAACUCUCGGAGUCACUGCUGCAGAAAGUGGCGGGCCGUGCCAUGGCUCUCGCCCCGCUGGCUGCGGCGAGUUCCUCACUGGCGGAGGUGCUGAAGCAAAAACCGGCCGCGUACAAGUACAAGUCGAGCGCGGUCAUCGAGACGUUGAUGGAGAUCCGCGACAUUUUCGCCAAGACGAAGAAGGACUAUUUCAAUACAGAGAUGGAGAAGAAGUCGAUAUCCGACAAGACUGUGCUUUCUUGGACCAACGAGAGGAACUUCAAGGAGGAGGACAAGACCCAGAAGGAGGCCCUGUCCGACAAGAAGACCCAGGAGAAGCACUCGCAGGAGAAGGACAAGCAGCAGGAGGAGACCGACAAGGAGCGCGACGAGGCGUUCCAGGCCGAGCUCACCGCGCAGUGCCAGACCCGCGCGGAGGAGUGGGACCAGCGCUCCAAGGCGCGGGCGGACGAGCUCCAGGCCAUCGCGGAGGCAACGGAGAUCCUGAAGAGCGGCGUGGAGGAGAACUACGCGGCGAACAAGAAGCUCGUCGGGCUCUCGGCGGUCGUCCGCUCCGUGGCGAGGGCGUCCAAGAACGUGUCCAAGCCCGUGUCGCUGUUCCAGCUGCGCGGGCAGGGCAGUGCCGCGGUGGCCGCCGGGGCAGUGAGACACGUGGUCGAGACCCUGGAGGGGGCCGCGAAGCGCGUCGGCAGCACCAGGCUCAACGCCAUCGCGACGAAGGUGGCUCUGCAAGAGGACCACUUCGGAAAGGUCCGUGGCCUUAUCGAGGACCUCAUCGCCCGGCUUGAAGCGGAGGCUCUCGCGGAGGCCGACCAGAAGUCUUUUUGCGACAAAGAGAUCGGCGCGGCGGUUGGCGCGCGCGACGAGCAGAAGAGCGAGAUGGAGACGCAGGGGGCCACCAUCAGCAAGAAGGAGACCGCGAUCGCCGGGCUGACCAAGGACAUCGCGCUGCUGAGCACCGAGAUCUCCGAGCUGCAGAAGGCCCUCAACGACGCCACCGUGCUACGCCUCGAGGAGAAAACGGCCAAUGAGAAGACGAUUGCGGACGCCACAGCAGGCCUGGAGGCCGUGGAGGAGGCCAUCACUAUCUUGGAGGCCUACUAUGCUGAGCAGGGCGGCCCGCCGGCGCUUGUCCAGCGCGGCGCCGCACCGGCGCCAGCCCCUCAGGGCUACGAGAGUUUCCACCCCGAAGGCGGCGACCGCGAGGGCAACACCGUGGGUGACCUGGCCCCGGAGAUGUCCUACGAAGGCGAGUACAAAGGCAGUGCGUCAGGAGGUGUCCUCGGCCUGAUGCAGGUCAUCAAGGCCGACUUUCAGAGGACCAUUGAGACCGUGGGGACCGCGGAGGCCGAUGCCCAGGAGGCGUUCGAGAAGUUUGAGACGGAGACCAAGGACUCCAUCACGGCGAAAGGGGAGCUCAAGGAGCAGAAGGAGGGAGAGAUCAAGGAGGCCGAAGGGACCAUUGUCGAGGCACAGGACGCCCACAAGGACGCAGAAACGCUCCACGAGGGCGCCCUAGAGGAGCUCGACAAGCUCAAGGCCAUGUGCGUGGAGGGUGCGGAGAGCUACGAGGAGCGCGGCAAAAAGCGCGAGCAGGAGAUCGAAGCGCUCAAGGAGGCCCUGGGCAUCCUGGAGAACUUCAACAAGUGAGCGACAUCAGCUCCCGUCCGUAGGGAGAGAUUGGCGCCCCAGUGUGAGCCCGCCUUCCGCCGCCCCGAGUGCACGCUGCACAGGCGCCACCGAACGGCGUGACCCUUACUAUCUUCCAGGGGUUGUGCUCGCACGUGCGCGCCUGUCAGAGUGGUGCUAUGAGUUCGGCCUGCGAUAUUAUUCUUGUCCUCGAGUUGGAGUGGCGCGGUACUCCGUUCCAAGCAGGUUUUGGCGGUCGCAACAAACAUCAGUCUGUGGACUCGGAGCCAGGAGUUAUUUUGUAAAGUUCUAUGUCGCAUGUUCGGUGCGCAAAACUGAGGGCCACUUGUCCCCGGAAUCAUGCUCGCUAGCGGAGUCGUUCUCCCUUUUUUGGUUGUUGGGCAAUCGUACUUCUAGUGAGACGGCGUCCCACAUUGUCCAAGCAGAUCCAAGCAGGUCUAGGUCUCCAGAGU